AUGGAGAGGAAAAACCCGUCCAGAGAGAGCCCCAGAAGACUCUCGGCCAAACUAGGCAAAGGCACAGAGAUGAAAAAAGUGGCCCGGCAACUCGGCAUGGCAGCGGCCGAGUCAGACAAGGACUCUGGAUUUUCAGAUGGGAGUUCGGAAUGUCUGAGCUCAGCGGAGCAAAUGGAGUCGGAGGACAUGCUGAGCGCCUUAGGCUGGAGCCGGGAAGACCGGCCAAGACUGAACUCCAAGGCUGCGAGCAGUGCCUUCCCUGCUCUGUCCCCCAUGGUUGUCAUGAAGAACGUGCUGGUCAAACAGGGCAGCAGCUCAUCCCAACUCCAGUCAUGGACCGUCCAGCCCUCCUUGGAAGUGAUCUCGGCACAGCCACAACUCCUGUUCCUUCACCCGCCUGUGCCCUCGCCUGUCAGCCCCUGUCACACUGGCGAGAAAAGGUCCGACUCCAGGAACUACUUGCCCAUUCUGAAUUCUUACACCAAAAUAGCCCCACACCCAGGCAAAAGGGGCCUCUCCCUCAGCCCAAAAGAGAGAGAACGUGGAACGCAGAAGAAAAUCUGUACUGAGAGACCUGGGCUGAGUCUGCCCACCAGCGAGCCCACCAAGGCGGGUGCUGUGUCAUCCAGUCCCCCGACUACAGCACCCCUCAGCGCCAAGCUGGCAGAGGACUCGGCUCUGCAGGGUGUGCCCUCCCUCGUGGCAGGCGGAAGCCCACAGACUCUUCAGCCGGUGUCCAGCAGCCACGUGGCUAAAGCUCCCAGCCUGACCUUUGCUUCCCCCGCCAGUCCUGUCUGCGCCUCAGACAGCACUCUGCACGGGGUAGAGAGCAACUCCCCCCUGUCACCACUGUCAGCUAAUUAUAGCUCACCUCUGUGGGCCGCAGAGCACCUCUGCCGCAGCCCAGAUCUCUUCUCGGAGCAGCUGCCCAGCAAACACAGGCGCUUUCAGAACACCCUGGUGGUCCUGCACAAGUCCGGCUUGCUGGAGAUCACUUUGAAAACCAAGGAGCUGAUUCGUCAGAACCAGGCAACGCAGGUGGAGCUAGACCAGCUCAAGGAGCAGACCCAGCUGUUUAUAGAGGCCGCCAAGAGCAGGGCUCCUCAGGCUUGGGCCAGGCUGCAGGCAUCGCUAACCCUGGGGGCUGGUCAUGCUGGCGGUGACCUAGAAGCAUUCUCUGAUCACCCAGACAUAUAG